AUGUCACCGCUAACUGGUAGUAAGGUUGCCCCAUUUGUGCAGAGAGUACUCAAGAAUUUUCACGAUGCAGGUGGUUUCGACGCACACUGCUUGUCUGGGCUGAAAAUUGUCAGUGCAGAUAGCGGAAGCGUUCAAGCCCAAUUCCAAGUGGAGAAGCAUCAUCUGAAUAGGCUCAAAUCUGUUCACGGUGGACUCCUGUCAACAGUGGUCGACAUUGGAGGUUCAUUGGCCCUAGCUUCCAAGGGUUUAUUCGCCACUGGUGUCAGCACCGAUCUUAAUGUCACUUUCGUCUCUAGUGCAAAGUUGGGGCAAACAAUGAAUGUGGAUGCUAAAUGCGUCAAGCUUGGAAGAACCUUGGCGUUCACUGAAAUCAAUGUCAGCGCAGACGGCAAGAUAGUCUGCCAAGGACGACACACCAAGUUUGUUACAUUAGCUUACGACCAUCCGGAUAAUAUACUCAAGCCAAAGGGCACACAAUAG